CCUUGAACUGGACGUGGAACCCCCCAGAGAACGUUAGCAGUAGUUGUGAUCUGGAGUAUUCCAGCGACAUCGUGAUUGAUGAGGUCCCUCAGAACAAAAGAGAAUGGAGUAAGAGUCGCUUCCGCGUGACAGAUAUGUUCUUGAAUGAGGAAAUGCGUUUCAAAGUGAGAAGUGAAUGCAAGUACGAUAAUGCCAGCAAGCCCAGCCGAUGGGUGGAGACCUCUCUUCUGCCAAAAGGUAUUCCAGGUACUGCUGCUGUUGACUUGAGCUGUGUUUGGCACAAUUUGGAGUACAUGGUUUGUAGGUGGCGUCCUGGGGAGAAUGCAAGCAGUGAUACCAAUUAUACGUUGUUCUACUGGUUUGAUGGUUUGAAAAACCAUAAGAAGUGCAACAACUAUUCUAUGCACCAAGGAAUCUUUGUAUGCAUUUUCAAUCUUAGCUUCCCAAAAGUCACCAAUCCUUACCCAACUAUACGUAUUUUGAUUAGAGAUGAUUCUGAAGAAAUUAGGCCUGUGUGUGCAAGUGAAAAUCCUACCACCCUUGUAAAGCCUGCUACACCAAGACGAGUUACACUGUCGAAGAUUAAUGAUGAAAUAUAUGUAGAAUGGAGUGAAUCAGAUACCUUUCCAGAAAAUUGUUUAUUUUAUGAAGUUGAAUAUCACAGUGGUGAUUUGGACGCCACUCAGAUAAUUAAAGUUGAAAAUAAUUAUACGUCAAUACCUAGCAUUGAUCCUAAUAGCAGGUACAUCUUCAAAGUGAGAGCAAAACCAAAGCCCGAGUGUUACAGCAGCAAGCUCUGUAGUGACUGGAGUGAAGAAAAGAGUAUUGGUGAGAAGACGGACUCUAUGUUCCAUUUUGUUUUAAUAAUCAUCAUUCCAUUAACAGUAGCAGUAUCUACGAUAAUUCUACUAGUUUACCUAAAAAGGCUGAAGAUACUAAUUCUUCCACCAAUUCCAGACCCUAGAGAAAUUCUUAAGCGCAUGUUUGGAGAGCAGAAUGAGGAUUCCCAGAGCUGUGCAAGGGAUGAUUCUGUGCAUGCUUACGACAGGUUAAUUAAGGAAGAAGAAAUUAAUUCUUUAAUUUUAACAGAAACUCCGGAGAGCGCUAAUUCUGAAAAAGAAAACUGAUAAACUAUGCUUUACCAGUGAAAGAUGAGGAAACUUUCAUUACUGCUCCCAUACCUCAGGUGACAAUGUAGAUGUGAAGAGGCCUGCAAGACGUUCACCGACUUUCACCUCACCGAGUGCUUUCUGAGCCUUACUUCUCUGUUGCUCAGAAGAUACAUCACUAACAGUGGCCAUUCCUCCAUCUCUGCUAGAAAUACUCAUCUUGGAUCAUUCGAGAUGAGCGUGUGCAUAAUUUUCAUCUGACUGCAUUGCAGCAUCUCUCGUUCUGGCUCCAGCCAGCUCUGUCCUAUUACUUGUCAUUUGCACUUGUGUUUGUGCCUCACAUUAGACUGUAAAUGAGUGUUUUGGAGCAAGGACUGUGACUUCUCUGAAGUAUUUGGCUCGAUUUUUGCAGCAGGUGAGAUGAGGCUCGUUUACAGUAGAUGGUUCAUUAGUGCUACUACGUGGAACGGCUGCCAGGUAGGCUGCCAGGGCAUGGACCGUUUGUGGAUGGCCUGUUCCGUGUG